AUGUUGACAUCCAACGACAUGAGCCCCCGCCAGGUGAAGCAAGCUACUGGGACGAGCAUCGUGUGCUCGAUGCGGUUUCGGGCAGGAGGCUUGCAGUCACGUGCAGUCGCUGCGGCGCCACGGCUCGGAUCCUCUCUGCCCGCAAUCCUUGGCAGUGGCCCUGUGCUGUUCCCUCUCCCGGGCGACAUCGACCCUUCUGCUCGAAGCUGUGAAACAACGAAGCGCCUGACCACGCCAGCUGCAUCAGCAGAGAGUGAGGCAGCCAUCCCAGUCCGAGAGGAUCUUCAAUCCGAACAUCGCGGAGUUUGUUUCAGACUGUGA